AUGGAGAUUAGGCCUAGUGAUGUUAUAUCUCUAAAGGACCCGAGAGGGAUCAUCAUCACUAUCCGCCGGGCAGAAGAUGACUGUAGCAAGCCUUGUAUAUUUCGCUGGAACUUCCUGCAUGAUGGAUGGGGUCCUUCUGGCUUCGUGCUCUUUCAACACACGUCAGACGGUCUAAAAAGGGUCGAAGGAACACCCGAGUCGCCACCUCCCCAGACCUUUAAGCUUACGGGAUAUGAAGUUGAGACAGAAGAACUUCUUCCUGGCCAAACUCUCCAGAGAAAUAUAGGUCGACCGUAUCCCUUCUGGGAUUAUAUGGUCGCUGAUGAGGAAGACCUUUCGAACUUUCAGCCUGAUGACCCUCGGGUGGGGAAGUUAGAACGAAUCCCUGGAACCCCUUGUAUAAGUGUGUCUCUGGAUGGCCCAUCGGAAAUCUCUCAAACAGAGCAACUUUGUAUCACAGUGAAGAUCACCUAUGAUGGUCUGACAAACGAGGAUUACGAGGCUAUCUCUGCUGAUGCAAAGCCGAUCAUCAUACACGAUUAUCCUUUUUCUUGUGAUCACUUUCGAAUACAACGCCGCUGCCACGAUUACGAUCCGUCGAAGAAUUCGGACGAGGUUCCCCCACAGUGGAAGACUUAUUUUGACGACGAACGGAAUGCGGGUUGGAUGAUUGUCGAUGAACCCGACGUUGAGGUCAACGUCGCGGAUUCUAUGUUUUUCCGCAGCCUCCAACCAGGGGAAAGUUUCGUUAGACACAUUUUCCUUCACUAUCUUGAUUUGCAUCCUGAUACAGUGGUCGGCGACACGUAUCGAUACCAGUACUGGGGUGGCUGCAUUGACUGGUGGACUUGGGGUGAUCGCGAAGAACAUGCGAAGACAGUCGUGAAAUUACCAUGUUGGCUGAAUGCUCAUGUCGUUGAGCCCGCUGAUAAUGAUGGAAGACCGGUUAUAAUGGUCCCGUCAUCCAAUUUUGUCGAGUUCACUAUUGUUGGUUGA